CACUUCCUCCCGGGAGGCUGGCGGUGAGUCGGCACCACCACUUUCGGACAGCUCCGGAGACUCAGCCAUUUGGCGCACGAGUCUCGUUCAGCCUCUUUUCCCGCCCCUUGAGAUCAAAUCCGAGAAUCGAAACUGCGCUGAGAUCUAUGCCCCAGGAGCUGGCACCCGCCCGAUCAUCCGGGCCCCAGCAGGACCCCGCACUGCCCCACACGUCCACCAUGCCUCCCCCGGAGCCCCUGUCCGCAGGCCAGCAGCGCAGCCCCGGCCACAGCCCCACAGAGCAAGCCACGGAGGAGGACUUCCAGUUCCUGCGCUGCCAGGGCUGCCAGGCAGAAGCCAAGUGCCCUAAGCUGCUGCCUUGUCUGCACACGCUGUGCUCAGGAUGCCUGGAAGUGCCCAGCAUGCAGUGCCCUAUCUGUAAGGCGCCCCAACUCGCAGGCACUCUCGGGCCGGCCCUGGAUAACGUCUUCUUCGAGAGUCUGCAGCGGCGCCUGUCGGUAUACCGGCAGAUCGCUAAUGCACAGGCCGUUUGCACCCGCUGCAGAGAGUCAGCCGACUUCUGGUGCUUCGAGUGCGAGCAGCUCCUCUGCGCCAAGUGCUUCGAGGCGCACCAGUGGUUCCUCAAGCACGAGGCCCGGCCCCUGGCAGAGCUCCGCAGCCAGUCGGUGUGCGAGUUCCUAGACAGCACGCGCAAGUCCAACAACAUCUUCUGCUCCAACCCCACCCACCGCACCCCUGAGCUGACGAGCAUCUACUGCCGAGGCUGCUCCAAGCCACUGUGCUGCACAUGCGCUCUUCUGGAUAGUGGCCACAGCGACCUCAAGUGCGGCAUCAGCGUGGAGAUCCAGCAGCGGCAGGAGGAGCUGGACAGCAUGACGCAGGCGCUGCAGGAGCAGGACCGCGCCUUCGGUGCGGUGCAGGCGCAGAUGAACUCCACCGUCAGCCGGCUGGCGCGCAUGCGUACUGAAACGGAGGAGCUGAUCCGCGCGCGUGUGCGCCAGAUAGUAGAGCACGUACGGGCACAGGAGAGCUUGCUCAUGGAGGCAGUGAACGAGCGGUACCAACGCGACUACGGCGACAUUGCGGGCCAGAUGGGCCACCUGGAGGCUGUGCUGCAGCGCAUCCGCACGGGCAGUGCUCUGGUGCAAAGGAUGAAGCGCUAUGCCUCGGACCAGGAGGUGCUCGAGAUGCACACCUUCCUGCGGGAGGCGCUCAGCCGCCUGAACCAGGAGAAGCCCCAGGACCUGCAGGCUGCCGUGCGCACCGACGGCUUCGACGAAUUCAAGGAGUGCCUGCAGGACCUCAUCUCUUGUAUCACCCAGAGGACAGAUGCAGCUCCACUGAGGAGAGCCAACCCAGAGGUUGCCAGCAGUCCCAGGGACCCUUCUGCCGUUGACCUGCCAGAGAGGGCACAGAUGGCUCAGGCACAGCCAGUGGGGCUGGCUGAGUCCCAGCCUGUGGCCGUGGUCCAGUCGGUGCCUGGGACACACCCUAUGCCGAUGUACGCCUACUCCAUCAAAGACCCCUCCCGCAGAGAGGAGUUCUCCAACACAGCCAUAUCACAAAAGAGGAAGUCCUGCCAAACCGACAGCCCCAGGAAGGUUAUCAAGAUGGAGUCUGAGGCGGAGAAGGAAGCCAGGUUGGCCCAGAGCUCCCCUGAGCAGCCCAGGCCCAGCACCUCCAAGGCAGUCUCGCCACCCCACCUGGACAAGCCCACCAGCCCAAAGACCCCUACCGUAGGAAAUGAGGUCUUACUGCUCAACAGCAACCAUACAACUGGCGACUCCGAGGAGGCAGGGCACAUGUCACCCACCCAGCCCACGGGCCUACAAGGAGUCCCAGGGGAGAACCGUGAGUCGGGGUGGCAGCAGGCAUCCCCAGCAGGGCCGAAUGCUGCCCCCCUACCCCUUUCCGAGGAGCGCGUUGUGGUCAUCAGCAGCUCAGACGACUCCGAUGCUGAAAACCAGUCCUUCCGAGAGCUGGAUGACAGCAGCGGCGAGUCCAGUGACCUUCAGCUGGAGGGCUCCAGCUCCCUCAGGGUCCUGGAUGACAGCUUUGCCAGCCCCCAAGCAGAAGACAGGCCCUUGGUUUUCUUUGACCUCAAGAUUGACAAUGAAACCCAGAAGAUUAGCCAGCUGGCCGCCGUGAACCAGGAAAGCAAGUUCCGCGUGCUCAUCCAGCCCGAGGCCUUCAACAUCUACUCCAAGGCUGUGUCCCUGGAAGUGGGGCUGCAGCACUUCCUGCGCUUCCUGAACUCCAUGUGCCGCCCCAUCUUGGCUUGCUAUAAGCUGUGGGGGCCCAGCCUCCCCCACUUCUUCCGGGCCCUGGAGGACAUGAACAGGCUGUGGGAGUUCAAGGAGGCCACCUCAGGCUUCCUAGCCACCCUGCCCCUCAUCCAGCAGCGUGUGCCCCAGGCCAGCAGCUUCAACCUCAAGAGUCUGGCCAAGACCUACCUGGCGAGAAACAUGAGCGAGCGCAGUGCCCUGGCCGCGGUGCUGGCCAUGCGUGACCUGUGCCGCCUCCUCGAGGUCUCCCCGGGCCCCCAGCUGUCCCAGCACGUCUAUUUCUUCAGCAACCUGCAGUGCUUCGCGUCCCUGCAGCCCCUGGUGCUGGCGACCGUCCUGUCCCGGGCCGAGGCCCGCCUCCUGGCCCUCCACAAUGUGAGCUACACCGAGCUGCUGACCGCACACCGCAGGGACCCACAGAGGGGCUUGAAGAAGUACAGCCGUUACCUGCAGGACCCUGCGUCAGCCCCUACCCAGCCUGCUCUCAACCUGCAGGCUCUGAGCACCUACUUCAAAGACCUGUUGGAGAGGACGGCCUUGGCUCAGGCAGAAGGCACCUCUACCCCUCUCACUGGCCACAGCUUGGCCUCCCAGCAGAGCUGAAAGGAGAGGAUGACUAGCUUGGAAUCUCUGGGGUCAGAGAGGGAUGGGGUCCUUGAGCCAGGCUCCGCCCAUCACAACAUUCCCAGUUCCUGGUCCCUAGUACUCGGCUGGCAUUUGGUUCAGCAUCAAUUCUCCUUCUCUGGGACCAAAUUCCUCUUCUCUAAAAACCCUACAGAGAACGUUCCAAAGCCCAGCAGCCACCUGCCCCUCCUGAGGCCAUCAGACAAUCCAUGCAGGCCCUGGGAGCACCAGUAGGUUAACUCAUCAGGCCCCUGGCCCUUCCUUUCCAGGAGCCAGAACCAGGUCUUGGGUAAUGAAGGUAUGGCUUCUGGGCUCUCUAAGCAGCCCCCACCUUGCCCCAGACACCUGACUUGCCACUUCCAUGAGUGUCCUUGUAGCGCUUCCCUGACCCCCGGCCACUGCCUGGGGGACCUGCUGACACUGCCUACAACACCAGUUGCCCCAUGGGUACCCAAAGUGCCUUCUAAACCAAACUGUCCCAAAUGAGCUUGGGUUCUCCUAGCUGCUGCCUGCCUGGAGGCUGGCUCUCUCUGAAGCGUUUUCAUCCCCGGAGGGCCUCAUAUCUGCAGAGGCAGAAGCUGCUGUGUCAUGUCUGUCCCCACUUACAAAGUCUGACCCUCCACGCUUGCUUCCUUCCUCUUGGCCAUACAAAUGCCUUACCUCAGGGGCCUUUCCUUUUUGGUCCCCAGGCCACCAA